AUGCCUUCCUCUUCAAAAUCCACCAAGCCAAAGAAUUGGCGCCCCGAGCACGACGAUUUCAUUCGACAACACGCUCGCAAUGGCGAAGAUGCAAUGAGCAUUCUCAUCCUCUUUGAGACUGAGUUUCCCAAUGUCAUGUUGACGCACGAGUGGAUUGCCGAGAGGGUGAAGGGAUGCGAAUGCCGCUAG